GUCGCGUGCCUUAAAAACAAGGCUAGUCCAUCGUACCGUGACAGUCGAUACUAACCUUCGCGAGCGAAGUACGCGGCCCGGCUCACCUGUCGAGCAUGGCGGUUUGACGCGCGCGUAUAAAAUAAAAAAAAUAAUACACAUCAACAAUAAUUCCAAACUUUUUUUUUACCAACAUCACAAAAAUAAUUAAAAAAUAAAAUAAAUAAAUAAUUUGUAUAGACUGUGCAAGUUUAGUGAGCGUAAUAUAAAGACCGCGUUCUUUAUUUAAAUUUGUUUUUUUUUCUUAAUUUUCCGGCCGCUGCAGUGAACAUGGGUUUGAAGUCUGAUGAUGACAAACGGCCGAGCAAGUUGGCGAUCAUGGAUGAUGACGUUUCGGAUAAGCCAAGUGGCCUCGGCACCCGUCACUGGGUGACGUUCAUGCUGUUCCUCGGCAUGGCGAAUGCCUACAUCAUGAGAACAAACAUGUCUGUCGCCAUCGUAGCCAUGGUGAAUCACACGGCUCUGCCCGUCAUCUCAGAGCCGACAGACACUGAAUGCGGAGUGCUUAUUGGAAACGAGACCCAUGCGUCGACACAAGAUGGUUCGUUCGUUUGGAGUUCUACGCUACAAGGUUACAUCUUAUCCUCAUUCUUCUAUGGAUAUGUUAUCACACAGAUACCCUUCGGAAUCUUGUCUAAAAGGUUCGGAGCCCGUUACUUCCUGGGUAUCGGUAUGUUGGUGAACUCGGUGUUCGGUCUCUUGGUGCCGGUCGCUGCUGAAGCUGGCUUCGAAUGGCUCAUCCUGGUCCGAUUCAUCCAAGGUUUAGGCGAGGGACCUAUCGUUCCUUGCACACACGCCAUGUUGGCAAAAUGGAUUCCGCCCAACGAAAGGAGUAGGAUGGGAGCCGCCGUAUACGCCGGUGCACAAUUCGGUACGGUGAUCUCUAUGCCGCUGUCCGGUCUUCUGUCAGCAUACGGUUUCUCUGGCGGUUGGCCGUCCAUCUUCUACGUGUUCGGUCUCAUUGGUACUGUGUGGUGCCUCGCUUUCUUGUUCUUCGUCUCCGAAGACCCAGAACAGUGCCCCACCAUUAAGGAGGCUGAAAAGAAGUACAUCUUGAGCUCAUUGUGGGGUGCCGCUGGAUCCAGCUCACCACCAAUCCCCUGGAGCAAGAUUCUGCUGUCAACACCUUUCUGGGCCAUCAUGUUGGCACACAUGGGACAGAACUACGGUUACGAGACCCUCAUGACAGAGCUGCCAACCUUCAUGAGACAAGUGCUGCACUUCUCUAUCAAGGAUAACGGCUUCGUGUCUGCCCUACCCUACCUGUGCAUGUGGCUGUUCUCCAUGUUCAUCUCCGUGGUCGCCGACUGGAUGCUGUCCAGUGGACGGUUCAACCACACGCAAGUCAGGAAGGUCAUCAACAGUAUCGGUCAAUAUGGUCCUGCGGCUGGUCUGUUCAUCGCCGCCAACACUGGUUGCAACCCAGCUGCCACCGUCGCUAUCUUGGCUGUCGGUGUCGGUCUCAACGGUGGUAUCUACUCCGGUUUCAAGGUCAACCACUUGGACAUCUCACCGCGUUUCGCCGGCGUCCUGAUGGCGUUCACCAACUGUUUAGCCAACUUGACUGGUCUGCUUGCUCCCAUCGUUGCUGGCUACAUCAUUGAGGGCAGGCCCACUCAAGCGCAAUGGAAGAAGGUAUUCUACAUCGCUGGCGGUGUGUACAUCUUCUGCGCCACAUUCUACAACGUGUUCGCUUCAGGCAGAAGACAAGACUGGGACAACCCUGCCGAUGACGAGGCUAAUGCCAAGAAAGCAGCCGAUAAGAAAGCCAUCAAACAAGAGAAGAAAGCCGCCAAGAAUCAGAGUGAAGCGGAAACAGCGCAAUAGGUGUUAAAAAGUUGAGAAACAGCAACGAAUACAACUGUUUGGAAUUUGACUCAGUAUGACUUGCAACACUGUGCCCUACCGUAUUUUAACUCAAAUAAUUAAAUACCGACGUAGGGACGGACGAGUUGCAAAACGUAAUGUGUCAAAUGUUAUUAAAUUGUUAGUUUGAUCGGACGGUUCACGUGUCGAUUCACUUGUAAAAAAGUAUUUUAUAAUAAUGUUUCCCGCGCCUUUUAAAAUGGCGGUUGUGUUUGUUGGCUACGUUCGACCUAACGCGAGCUCCACGUAUUUUAAGGGUGAGACUGUGUAGGUAUGUUGCAAAUUGUUUUAGUUGUUAAUUUUGUUUUAAUUGAACUUUAGAUAUGACUGUUAAUGUUUCUGAUUACAAAUCGUGGAUUAAACUUUUAUAUUCCACAGUCUUUACACCUGUCUACUGUAUUUCUAUAAUGCAAUGAGACGCACAUCAAUAGGGCUGUGAUAAUAUCUUGUGUAUGUUACACAAAGAGCUCGCGUUCGGUCAACUUUUUAACUACCUUUAUUAUUGCUAUUUAUUUAAUUUAGUUUAAUUAUUACCAUACAAGUAUUGUUAAUAAUUAUUUUAUAGCUUAAUGUAGAGAGACGAGUGAAAGAGUGAAGUAGAGAUUCUGGGGUCCAAAUGAAACCUAAUGUUACCGUCCUAGCCAGUGAAUUUUACAUUUUUAUAUCCUCGCAUGUAAUAAGUAAAUAACAGUUUAAACAUUAUAAAUAGUGAGUGCCAUCGAUGCAUUUGACAACGUCGCAGACCCUCGAAUAUUGUGUAGUUUAACUGGACAAAUUAUUCACUAAUCCAUGUCAUAGACUAUCAGGAAUAUAUAAAUCAAAAGUUGAUCAAAAUUUCAGCUUUUUCACACCAUAAUAUUCAAGAUUUGUAGAUAAUAAAGCUACUCUAUCGUUGAGUUUUUAAAAUUUCAAAUGAACUGCCAUCAGCGUCAUUUUGGCGCGAAUUCCUUUCAGUCUAUGCCUAGAGUUAGUGCCAAAACGGUAAGUGUUGUGAGUUCUGAUUUUAUAAAAAUCAUACAUUGUUCGCUUAAAGCGGAUGUUGUUGCAUUAGUUUAGUCAUUGUUAUUAUAUUUUCCGUGCAAGAUUAUCGUAAUAUUUAUGGAUUAGUUAUAUUUUCUUGUAGCGUUGCAAAGCGCUACACGCCCAGGAGCUUAUGUGAUCAUUCUGUUAUAUGUCUAAGUUAACAUUAAGCUAUAAUGUAAACCGCGUACAGAUUAUUAAAUGAUUAUAUUAGCAAAUUAAAUAUUUUAUUCGUAUAACUUGUAAGUGGUAUACAUAAACUUAGUACGUAAACAAGAUGCAUUGAAUAAAUGAAUUGAUUUUACCUUUUUCGUAAAAGUUCCAUGUCUUGUCUGUGACAAUGUAAUGUGCCUUGAUUUUAAGAGUACAAUAUUCAAGGAUUCGGUGUGUCAGACACACUGAGUGAUGUCCAUCAACACUGUAAUUUACUUAGGUCGUUUUAAUAAUCGUUUAUAAGUUCUAUUGUAAUACGACAAAUACAAAAUGAUUUUUAAAACUA